AUGGCUCCUCGAUUUCGAAGCAAUGCCUGGGACCCGAUCCUGAUCGUGGCCCAAAUGGUCACGCUUCAAUGUCUUUUUUAUCUCUCGUCUGGCUUACUCAUGCUCGCUUUUUACACUCCUUUGGGCUAUACCGCUACGCUUCGCUGCCUUUUCUCUCCCGAUGACCUGCGCUUUCGUGAGCCCACCGGUAAAAUUUUGGUUUCUGCUUUUCUGCUAACUUCCUUGGUUUGUGCUUUCGGGCUUUGGCGAAUCGUAAAACGCAGUAAACAAUGUCUCGAUUUCACUUGUACUGUACACUUCUGGCAUUUUGUUGCCUGCCUAUCCUACGCCAAAUCCAUACCUAUUUCGCCUACUUGGUGGCUAACUAACAUUCUUUCGAUACUCUUCAUGACACUGCUAAGUGAGUUUUUGUGCAUGCGAGCUGAAAUGAGAGCGAUUCCAAUCAAUCAGUCAAGGAGUCUUUAG